AUGGCAUACCUUCAAGACCAGAAACAAACUACUAUCAACACAGCCAAGUUCAGAAUCGGCAUCCAACACCCAGACGGCUCUGCAGAUCUCAAAGAGCCCGCCUCUUACACCGAGAACACACACAACCCCUAUGACCCACAAUCUCCCAUCAUCCACCACAACUCGUCAGGCCGUGAAGAAUUUUGGAGGUACAAACAGACCGAUGUAAUCAAAGUCUAUCAUGAGACAAGAAAGGGUACGAAGUGCAAGGCGAAGAAGAAGACAGAGCAGGAUGUGAAGGAGGAAGCGAAAUAG